UCUCCUUUUGCAGGCGUCGAUGAGGUGACCAUCGUCAACAUCUUGACAAAUCGCAGCAACGAACAGCGCCAAGACAUCGCUUUCGCCUACCAGCGGAGGACAAAGAAGGAACUUCCGGUGGCCCUGAAGUCGGCGCUGUCGGGACACUUGGAAGCGGUCAUGCUGGGUUUGCUGAAGACGCCCCCGCAAUACGAUGCAUCGGAGCUCAAAGCCGCAAUGAAGGGCCUGGGGACAGACGAAGACACGCUCAUUGAGAUCAUUUGCUCGCGGACAAACCAGGAACUCCACUUAAUCAACAGAGUUUACAAAGAAAUGUACAAAACUGAGCUGGAAAAGGACAUCAUCUCAGACACAUCUGGCGAUUUCCGAAAGCUGAUGGUUGCCCUGGCCAAGGGGAGGAGAAACGAGGAUGCUUCCGUGGUGGACUAUGAGCUGAUUGACCUAGAUGCCAGGGAACUGUAUGAUGCGGGCGUCAAGAGGAAGGGCACCGAUGUUGCCAAGUGGAUCAAUAUCAUGACUGAGAGGAGCGUCCCCCACCUUCAAAAAGUGAUGGAGAGGUACAAGAGCUACAGUCCUUUUGACAUGGUGGAAAGCAUCAAGAAGGAGGUGAAAGGAGACCUGGAAAACGCCUUCAUCAAUCUUGUUCAGUGCAUCCAGAACAAGCAGCUGUACUUCGCCGACCGCCUCUACGAGUCCAUGAAGGGCAAAGGCACCCGGGACAAGAUUCUGACCCGGAUCAUGGUCUCCCGCGCCGAGGUCGACAUGCUCAAGAUUAAGAGCGAAUUCAAGAGGAAAUACGGGAAGUCCCUCUAUUACUUCAUUCAGCAAGACACCAAAGGCGACUACCAGCGGGCCCUCCUGAACCUGUGCGGCGGCGAAGACUGAAAACGGAUCGAGAAGAAAAGAAAGCGACAUUACGCGUGGCUUUCUUCCUCCCUUGGCUUCUCUCAUCCCUUCCUUCCCUAUUUUUGCAAAGCCCGAACUUUCACUAACCCGAAAUUCUGUAUUAAUGCCUCAUCGUUGCUUUGGUAGAGAUAUUUUCCCCUUUCUGCGCAGCUUUCUCCGCAACUUGCUGCAGCAAAGUAAACAUUCCAAAAAAAUAGGAGAAGAGAGGCCGGCACCGUCGUCUUUGUAUGGUUGAGAGUAUCAAUAAAUACGGAGUUUAUACUUUACGAAAAUGAUAA